AACUAUUGCCAUGGCAAGUAUAGCAAAAACAUAUGAAGACAGUCAUAUCACAAAGUCUGCAGCAGAUCCCAGGCAGUACCGGGGCCUUGAACUCAAAAAUGGGUUGAAGGUUCUUCUGAUCAGUGACCCUGAGACUGACAAAUCAUCUGCAGCCAUGGAUGUACAUAUAG